AUGCUCGCUCCACUUUUGGAUGCACUCCGCCUCACACACGCACGCCAUUGCAAACGACGGUGGGAACUGCUGGAACUCGGUAGCGGUGCCAUGUUGCGAUCAGCAUGUCGGAGAGCUGGGCCGUCUGUCGCGGGCAGAUCAAGCGUCGCAAUAGCAGGGCCCUCGGCGCGGCCUAGCGCUCGAGCGGCGGACGUCUCGGUGCCGUCACAGCCUUCCUCCUCGCACCUUCACCGCUUUCCCACCACACGGAUAUCGGCACAGUCUCGCAGGAUCUCUACAUCAGCGCCGAGAGCAAGCGCAUCGUCCAGCUCCGGUUCUGCCUCCAAGGCGGCUGCGCGGGACUUCUCCCAGUUCGACCGGCUGGAGACACGAACGUUCUCCAUCAUUAGUCAUGUGGAUCACGGCAAAUCGACGCUGGCGGAUCGUCUGCUCGAGCUGACCGGCACCAUCCCGCAGGAUGGCUCGAACCAGCAGGUGCUCGACAAGCUCAAGGUCGAACGAGAGAGGGGCAUCACGGUCAAGUCGCAGGCGGUCACCAUGGUGUACGACUACGACGGGCCACGCGACGACUUUAUCUCGGCCUUCGACGAUGGCUUUGCACCCAAGCCAGGACGCUACUUGCUCAACCUCAUCGACUGUCCGGGCCACGUCGACUUCUCGUACGAGGUGAGCCGCUCGCUCUCGGCGUGCCAGAGCGCUCUGCUCGUGGUCGACGCAACACAGGGUGUGCAGGCACAGUCGAUCACCGUGUUCGAGCUCGCCAAGCAGAAGGACCUCGCCAUCGUACCCGUUCUCAACAAGAGCGAUCUGCCCGCUGCGGAUCCGGAUCGCUGUGCGCUACAGAUGGAGGAGAUUCUCGGCAUCGACACUACGCUGCCGGGACAGGAGCCGCUGCUCAUCUCGGCCAAGACCGGCCGAGGUGUGGACAGCGUCUUGCGUGCGCUCGUGGAGCGUACCAAGCCGCCACCCGGUGUGGAGGACGGCAAGCUCGAAGGUAGGGAGGGACCGGGAUUUCGGGCGCUGGUGUUCGACAGUUGGUAUGACCAGUACAAAGGUGUGGUCUCGCUCGUUUCCAUCGCGGACGGCGCAGUGAAGAAGGGCGACCGCAUCACGUCGUGCCACACGGGCAAGCGAUACGAAGUGCUCAGUCUCGGCGUCAACUCGCCCGAGAUGAUCCCCACGGAUGUGCUGCGCAAAGGCCAGGUGGGCUGGAUCAUCGCCAACAUGAAGGACAUGAGCGAGGCGCAGAUCGGAGACACCUUCCACCUCUCGUCCGAAAAGGUGGAGCCGCUGGAAGGAUUCGCGCCCACGGUGCCCAUGGUCUACGCCGGCAUCUUCCCGAUCGAAACGACCGACUUUCUCAAGCUCGAAGAGGCGAUCCAGCGACUGGCGCUCAACGACCGCUCGGUCACCGUGCAGAGGGAGUCGUCCAUGGCGCUCGGCCAGGGCUGCCGUCUGGGCUUCCUUGGUCUGCUGCACCUCGAUGUUUUCCGACAGAGGCUGGAAGACGAAUACGGCCAUGCAAUUCUCGUGACUGCGCCGUCGGUGCCGUACAAGGUUACGUGGCGUGACGGCCGCGAAGAGAUCGUGUCGAAUCCGAUCCACUUUCCCGACGACUCGGAGCGCAAAGGCAAAGUGACGCUGCUCGAGGAGCCGAUGGUGCGCGGCGUGGUGCGGUGUCCCGAAGAGUACACGGGCGAGAUCAUGCAGCUGUGCGCCGAGCACCGCGGCGAGCAACUCGACGUCUCGUUCCCACCCACGGCGUCUGCGAUUCGCUCGGUGCAGAUGACGUACCGACUGCCGCUGUCCGAGAUUGUGACGGAUUUCUUCGACAAGCUCAAGUCGUGCUCGUCUGGUUUUGCGUCGUUCGAGUACUCAGAAGAUGGCUAUCAGGCGAGCGACCUUGUGAAGCUCAUCUUUCUCAUAUCAAACACGGUGCUCGACUCGCUGUCGAUCAUCAUGCACCGGUCCAAGGUGCUGUACAACGCACGAGCGUGGACCAAGAAGCUCAAGGACAUCAUCCCGCGUCAGCAAUUCGAGGUCUCCAUCCAGGCCACCACGGGCAGCAAGGUGAUUGCUAGGGAGACGCUCUCGGCGUACCGCAAGGACGUCACCGCCGGCCUGUACGGCGGACAUUACGAACGCAAGCUCAAGCACCUCAACAAGCAAAAAGAGGGCAAGAAACGCCUCAAGGCGCUCGGCGUUGGCAGGGUCCAAAUCCCCACAGAAAAGUAG